UGUGCGGGGUUUAGGCGGGUGGUGUUGACCGUGGCUGGAGCACGGUGAUGGUUUUUGAGGUGGUUUUCAAUUUUUCUUGGCGGGAAAAGGAUGUUAGUUUUCGUUCGCGCGGUUGAGAUUGUCAUCAUUUGAAGCUUUCUGGGGUUUACGACACUGGGCGAGAAGUGGAAAUUUAAUUUGGAUAUCCUGUUUCGCAGCACUUUGUCUGCUCCCUUGUUGGUUUUUUUUAAAUUAUUGGCCAACUUUUACGCGCGAGCUCUGUGCAGUAUUGUUGCAAAAGUAUAAAUGCUGUCGCUGCGUUACUGGGGGGGGGGACUAGGAUCGAACUGUAGUAUCGAGCCUGAUAUAUAUGGUUUUAUCAUCGUAGCGGAUCUCAGCUUUUUCGUGGUUCUUCUGUCUUUUCUUUGUUGCUAUUAUCGUCAAGGUUCAUGGCGUGGUUUGAAUGGGAUGACCACUUUUAAUUUAUUGCAACGGCUUCGAGUAUUCAAAAUUUCUCAAUCGGUCAUUCCUUUUGCCGCAUGCCAUUGCAUAGCUCUUGAUACGGAGGGUAGGACAUAUACGUGGGGUCGGAAUGAGAAAGGACAACUAGGCCAUGGAGACACUUUCACAAGGAACUCACCGACUAUUGUGGCGUCACUAGCCAGGCAUAAAGUGGUGAAAGCAGCUUUGGGUCGGACACAUACAAUAGUUAUAACAGCUGAGGGACAGUCGCUAGGAUUCGGUUUCAACAAGCAUGGUCAAUUAGGAUCCGGCUCCUGCAAAGAAGAAUUUGAAAAGUCUCCCGUCAAGUGUUUGGUGCAAGAGGCUACAUCUGUUUCUUGUGGUGCCGACUUCACCGUUUGGCUGUCGUCUGCCAGUGGCUCUAGUAUUUUAUCGGCAGGCUUACCACAGUAUGGCCAACUUGGGCAUGGGACUGACAACGAGUAUAAUGCGAAAGAAGCUUCUGUGAAGCUAGUGUAUGAAGCACAGCCUCGACCUCGUCCUAUUGCAGCCAUUGCCUCCAAGAGCAUCACAAAGGUCGCUUGUGGCAAUAAUCAUUCUGUUGCGGUGGACUCAGAUGGCUAUGUCUACACGUGGGGGUUUGGAGGACAUGGAAGAUUGGGGCACAAGGAGCAAAAAGAUGAGUUUUUACCCCGCUUGGUGGAGACGUUUCAGCGUGGCAACGUGCUUCCUUCCACAGCUGUCAUAGCAGCUGGUUCCGCGUAUUCUGCGGCCACAGCUGCUGGCGGCCAGUUGUACAUGUGGGGUCGUGUCAAGACAACAGGAGAUAACUGGAUGUAUCCCAAGCCUGUCAUGGACCUCAGUGGGUGGAAUAUAAGGAGCUUGGACUGUGGAAAUACGAGCAGUAUAGCAGCAGCCGAGGAUUCUUGUAUAAGUUGGGGUACAGGCGUGUAUGGAGAGCUCGGUUAUGGACCGACUGGCCCCAAGUCGUCUGCUAAUCCAAAGAAAAUCGAUGCGCUUGAGGGCUUCCACACUAUCAGUGUUGCUUGUGGAUUGGGCCAUUCGCUAUUUAUUGUUGAUCGCGAGAAAAAUGUUGACAAGUUGGAGCAGAUUGAUGUAUUUGAAGGAGUAGAGAGCACUCAAGUGCCUGAAAGCAAGGACGAGGAGGCACUCUCCAACGACAAGAAGCGGAAGGCACCUGCGAAGGGUCGCGGCAAGGCUGCUAAGAAAAAAAUUGAAUCUGAAUCUGAGGAUGAUGAGGACGUGGAUGACGAGAGUGAUGAUGAGCCCAAACCUAAAGCUCGUGGCAAAGCUGCGGGACGGGGUCGUGGCCGUGGUAGACCUCCAUCAGCGAAGAAUGGACACGUUGAGGCAUCGGCGAAGGGUCCCUCUCCUGCCGCUAAAGGGCGAGGCAGGGGUAGACCCCGUGGCCGAGGAAAGUAGAAAUAGGAUUCAUUUCCUUUUUUUAUUUUGUUUUUGAUUUUUUUGACUUUUAGGCACGUUAGUGGUAGGAUGUUUUUAUUUCUGCAAAGUAAUUGGAUAGUGGUCGAUUAGGUGAUUUGGUACAUGACAGGAGGAUAAAAAGACAGUCACGAACUGCUUGAAAAGGUAUGCAGACAGGGGCAUAGGACAGGUCGCAAAUACAUUCAUUCUUUUAGCGAUUGCAUUGAGGUCGGUUCUGUGCGACUCGCACUAAACCUGUACACUGAGUUACUUCAUUUUGAUUUCCUUUGCAUUUAUUCGAUGUGCAUCUGACAA